AUGGCAAGCGCUCGAGACUACACCGACGACGAUGCUUCCCAAGAUGACCUUUCCCAGAGCCAAGACGCCAGCGAUUCUGAUUCUGUCGGCGAAGGUCCUUCUCGGGGCCACUUUCCCCAGCGCCAGGUCAUAACCAAUCCUGAAUCUCGAGAUGACGAUGAUGAUAACGAUAACGCUAAAGAGGUGUUCGACCUGGAUACUGAGCAAAAGGCUGCCAAAAUCGCAUCCGAACAAGACCAGGAGAUUUUAUCUCUUUACCACAGAGCGCAAGAGAAGGGUCUCAAGCCGGAUCCGAGCAAGUUGACGAGAAGAAAAACCAUGCAUCGACCGCGUCCUGCGCCGCGUAAACAGCCCAUAUUCCAGAUUCCUAUUGGAUGGUUACAGAAACGCAUUCAAAGACACGUUGGAAAUGCUAUCUACUUACAAGACCGAAAGCUCCACAACUAUAAAGAUAUUGUCAUUGGCGAGCCACAGUCGCAGACUCGACCUGUGCAAAAGUCCGAGUGGGAAGUUCUCGGACGUGACCACACUGCCUCCUCCUGA